CCAGUCGCCCAGUGACAGAGCUAAAUUCAGCAAGUUAACAGCUGAUGAACAUGGAGUUUCUGCAGAAUGUCCAGUCUCUCCUGCAGUUGUUUAACAGUACAGGUGUUAUUGCUGUCUUCCUAAGUGUUUUUGUUCUGCUGUUUGACUUCAUGAAGAGGAGAAUAGUGUGGGACAGGUAUCCCCCAGGCCCACGGGGUCUGCCAUUUCUAGGAAACAUGUUUCAGACUGGCAUACGGAAGCCACACUUGCGUGCAACUGAGUUAAGUAAAAAAUUUGGAAAACUGUAUAGCCUUCAGUUUGGCUGGGAAAAUGUUGUGGUGGUGAAUGGAUUUGAUGCCGUGAAAGAGCUUCUUAUUAAGAAAUCAGAAGAGUGUGCUGAUCGCCCUCAUUUGCCAUUCAAUGACAUUCUUGGGUACACAGAGAACAAUGAAGGAAUUAUAUUUGCACGAUAUGGACGGUCAUGGAAAGAACAAAGAAGAUUUAUACUGUCUACCUUCAGGAAUUUUGGACUAGGGAAGAAAUCACUGGAAGACAAGAUAACUGAGGAAGCUGGAUUUUUAUGCACUGAAUUCCAGAUGCAGAAAGGUCGUCCUUUUGAUACACAUUACAUAAUAAACAAUGCUGUGUCAAAUGUGAUCUGUUCGAUGAUAUUCGGAGAUCGGUUUCACUAUGAAGAUGAGAAAUUUCUAGAACUCUUACAUCUCUUGGAAGAAAGAUUAAGGGAAACUAGUGGAUUCUGGGCUCAGGCGUUAAAUCAAAUCCCCUGGGCUAUUCAUUUUCCUGGACCUCAUCGAAAAGUUAUUAAAGUUCAAUGCAAAAUUGAAGAGCUCUUGUCAGUCUUCAUCAAGCAACACAAAGAAACAUAUGAUCCAUCUGAGAAAAGAGAUUUCAUUGAUGCUUUCUUAGCAAAAAUUGAAAAGGUUAAAGAUGAUCCACAUACAAGUUUCACUGAAAGAAACUUGAUGUUUACAACGCUGGAUUUAUUUUUAGCGGGCACAGAGACCACCUCCACAACACUGCGUUGGGCUUUACUUUUCAUGAUCUUAUAUCCAGAUAUACAAUGUAAAGUUCAUGAGGAAAUUGACAGGGUGAUUGGGAAGGGCAGAAAUCCUAGCAGUGGAGACAGAGUGAAUUUGCCUUAUACAGAUGCAGUUAUCCAUGAAAUUCAGCGAUAUGGUGAGAUUGUUCCAUUUACACCACCUCGAAGGAUGAUACAAGAUGUAGAUAUUAUGGGGCACUUCAUUCCUAAGGGAACAAUCAUUUUAGUAAACUUGUCAUCUGUCUUGAAAGAUGAAACAGUCUGGGAAAAACCACAUGAGUUUUACCCUGAAAAUUUUCUAGACAACAAUGGAAAAUUUGUCAAGUGUGAUGCGUUCUUGGCUUUUUCAGCAGGUCAUCGUAUUUGCCUGGGAGAACAACUUGCUCGCCUCGAACUCUUCAUUUUCUUCACAACUUUGAUGCAGCAUUUCACAUUCUGCAUUCCAGAUGGUGAACCAAAACCAAGCACGGAUGCAUCUUUUAUGAUCACACUGGUACCACCUCCCUUCAAGAUCUGCGCCAAACUAAGAUAAUUAACUAAUGGCUGAAAAUUACAUGCAGAGAUUAUGAUGAUAUAAGCAGUCUUGCCGGAAUUCUUUUAAUGACUAAAAAGCAACUUCAUGAAUUAUGAAUUAUGUUUUAAAAUAAUUUCCUAGGAAUCAAUAGACUAAGCUAUAAAACAGAUGAAAUGAUUGUGUGGAAUAUAAGAAACAUAAUUAUUUUAACUUCAUUUUGAAUAAUAUGAGAACAUUAGCAUGUAGAGAAGCUAGUAAAAAGUAUAAUUUAGCCUGCUCUAUACCUUACUCUGUUGACUCCAGUGAAAUUAAGAACAUUAUUUUUAGAAGAUGGAAAACCUCUGAAGGAAUCUAGAGGUAUAUUAAGUAGUGGGAUUUACUCCUAUUUUGUUGGCAAUGUUAUUUCAAUUUUUGAGACCAUAUAAGCCUGUAGCCUCACGUAUAGCCAUACUCUCACCCCUAGCAAAAAUCCUAGAAAAGUGUGUCCACAAACAAAUAAUUGAUUACUUCCAAAACAAAAAUCUCCUAUCUGUUACACAACAUGGUUUUAGGCCAAAACACAGCACUAGUACAGCCUUCAUUAGCUUUACAGACUCUACAAAUUACCUAAAAAAAUAACAAGCAACUUGUGUCUGCAGCCUUUCUGGACAUGUCAAAAGCCUUUGACACCGUAUCACAUCAAAUCUUCCUAAACAAACUUGCAAAUUACAACCUUUGCCCUGAGGCCCUAAAGUUAUUCCAUAGCUACCUGUCAGAUAGGCAGCAAGACACCCUAUGAGAUAAUAACCCCCCCCCCAUCUCCCCAUCACUGUAGGAGUACCCCAAGGAUCAAUUCUAGGACCACUACUCUUUACGAUGACCUUGCAACAGCUGCUAGUCCUGCCAAAAUAAUUCAAUAUGCAGAUGACUCCUCGCUUAUCUGCUUCACACUAUCAAUAGAAACACUUCAAGAAAAGACCCAGACUGCCCUUUCCAACACUGAAAAAUAUCUAGCAGCCCAUCAACUUAUAAUAAAUCCCAGUAAAACAAAGCUUAUGGUCUUUUCAAAUCUUUCCUCACUUGCCAAUAGCCAACCACUGUCUAUUUUCUCCUCAAAUGGCACUAAAAUAGAACCCAUUGAACACACAAACUUCUUGGGUUACUAUAGAUAAUGGAUUGAAAUUUGACAAACAUAUAGCACAGACUGCUAAAAAAAGUCUAUAUUAAACUAGGUAUACUCUAAGAGCAAAACCUAAUCUCUCAGACCAUGCUAGACUGGCUGCAGCAAGAACCCACUUGCUAUCCUCAUUUCUCUAUUCACAAAUAUUUACAAACCUUCAUAAAACUGAAAUAAGCGACCUUGAAUCCUGCUAUAACAAGAUAGCCAAAUUUGCAACUAACCUACCCCAAACACAUCAUUGUACUGCCCUUAAACAAUUAAAAUGGUUAGAACUCCCAAACAUACUCAUCCUAAACCAAUUAUCAAUAACCUACGCAGUAAUGUAUAAACCUGAUCACUGCCCAGCCCUAACUAACCUUGUCCAACAUUACAAAAACCAUAACUCUCUUAGUUCAGCUGACAAAGUCCUGCUUAAGGUAAAUAAAUCUCAUGACUCUCAUGGUGGCUCCUUAUACUGUCACAAAAUUACAAAGAUCUGGAACUCAGUCCCUCAACACAUUCUGUCAAUUGAACAUACAAAAAACUUUAAGCGAGAACUAAGGCUAUAUCUCCUAUCCCAAUGGCUAUGUCCAUGCUCUGCACCAGACUAACCUAUACACCCCUUUAUUCAUCUACUACUCUGACCACAGCUCUCAAACAUUUGAAGUAAGCACCCCAAUUUAACAAAAGUAUUGUAAAUUGCUAAAUGUUAUAUUAUAUCAGUGCUUUUGCUGUCUUUUAAUUUUUAUUUUAUCCUGUUUUAUGCUAUUCACCAUGUUUUCUUACUGCCUUAUUUGUAAAAACUGCAUCUCUUGUAACCUGUACAAGCAUUAGUUUAAGAUCUGCAUGUCACACUGGCGCUUUAUUUGAAAUAACUGCAUCUCUUGUAAUCUUUUAUGCUUCUAUUUGUAUUGUAUAACUAUGUUCGUUGGAGCUUUUCUCCCCGAGUUUCCACUGAAAAAGGACUUUUUGUCCAGUGGACACUACCCAGUAAACAAAUAUAAAUA